UCAUAUUCUCACGGGACGGCUUGUGUCCUAUACCAUGGAUAGUUCAGCAAAUGUCAAAUCACCAAAUGAAAUGGUAAACAUUGUUACCGCUGCCAAGGAUAUUCAACCAAGGUAAUGAUUCAUUAGCAGAGACAUUCACUAUCGGUACAUGUGGCAUUUGUUUUUUCUUAACUGUUGUUGUGAUGUUAUCAAUAAUUUUUGCAUAUUUGUAAAUAUAGUGUACUUUUUUUAUCAGAGUGGAUAACCUUGUUGAAGCAAUGUAUACACCAUCAGAUUCUAAGCAAAUCGAAGAGAGGUAAAGCAAGAAUGCAGUUUUCAUUGUUGAAAAUAAUACCGCAAGGCCUAGCCUGUCACUAUGACAUUUGUCUUUAGCCCUAUAAACCAGGCAGAAAACUGAACCACAACAUAUCUUCCACAAGCUAGUUGCAUAAUUUCAUAAAACAGUUAUUAAGACCAUAAUUGAUACAAGAACAGAAAAACAGAUGCAACAGGAAGUCAUAGGCAGUGUAAAUAUGUAAACUUACAGUUUGUGAUGGUUAUAAGAAGUGACUACCUGGUACUGAGUUACACUAAUCCUACUUUUGUUUAGACUUAAAUGGGCAGUUAAUUCAAUAAUAUUGAUACUUCUUCGUUGUACAAAAAAAGAAAACAACCUCCAGCAGUUUUUUUCACAUCUUGUACUUCAAUCUUGUUGGUGGUUAUGCAAAACAACUGAGCAAGGAUAUGAAAAAGUGUUAACGAUUACCGGCAUACAAAAGAAGAAAGUGUGGUUCCCUUCUUACAGUGAAUCAAUGACUGAAAAUUGUGGGCUCUUAAACACAGGCAAACCAAAACUGAGCUGAUCAAAUCCAACAGUUUAUGAUGCCUGGGGGUGUGAACUUAUUUUGGUUCCUGGUAUGGAAUGCAGCAAUAAUUAAUUGUAAUAAAUUUUUUUAUACUACAGUGAGUGAAGCAGAAUAUGACUGUGCAUUCUCCAUUGAUAUUUUAGGUCUACUGCCCUGUACAAAUCAGUCUGCCAUUUACUCCAGGUAAAUUAUGUUGCUGAAUGAGUGACUCAGCAUUUUAUAGUGUAAGCCGCGGGGCCUGAAUCUGCUUGUAUUCUGUCACAAGUAUAGGAGCUCUUUCUGCUGAUUAUUGGCAAGUAAACUUUUUUUCCUCUUCUUGCUGUCUAUUGGCUGGUAUAGAACAACAGCGGAACAUUUUAUAUAGGGACACUUUGAUUGUGUUAUCUAUUAAUUAAUCCCCUAUUAUAAACAUUUUUUGAAAUGAAAAAUAAUGUUCUAUCCUAUUCUAAAAAAUUGGAGUCAAAGAAAAUAUUUUUUUUCCAAGGCAUUAAAUAGGAGAGGCAUGGAAUUGUAAUUUUUGCACUUUCAGUUAGUUUUGCUCCCUAGAUGUAGUAACACAUGUAACACUUAAUGUGUACUUUUAUCAGUGAAAUAAAGAUUACUACUGUUAACAUUAUUAUUAUUAUUAUUAUUAUUAUUAUUAUUAUUAUUAUUAUUGUUGAAAGGCUAAAGUUUUCACAUGCAGAGAACUUACAUGUAUUAUUAUUAUUAUUAUUUCAUUAUUAAGAUGCUUGCAUGUAAACACUGUUUAUCAUUUGCUUGUAAAAGGUCAUCCAAGGUGCAUCCAGCAAGCCAGAGAGCUUUGGUUGGGCAGAUGAGAUUAUUGUUUUCAUGGAAAAGCAUAUGGAAGCCAUGCAGUCUGAGUGCAGUGACUCCAAAUGUUCAUCCUGCUUGUCUAUACAGAGUACAGCAAGUUCUGCCGAGGCAUGUCAGCUCUGCCGACAGCCAGCUAUGGUGAUCACAAACCAAGCAUAUUGUUACUCUUCCCAUAACCCGUCUGCAGUACUGUAACUGUUGUCACAUCACUUGUCUUCAGCAUUUAUUUCACCAUUGACAAAGUGGAUCACUAACUGCACUAAGGCCUGUUUAUGUGAAGAAAACCUCUCCCAAGUAGAAGGGUCACUUUCCCAGCAGCCAAAUCAACUAUUACUUUUUAAAAGCGAGCAUUUAAGUGAGCAAAAAAGUUGACCCCGAUGCUCCAACAGCCCUCGUGCUGCAUUCUCCCCAUCUUUUCACCUCGACCAAGUUGACCCGACUGGGCAAGCCAAAGGGUUUAUGUGAAGCCGACUGUCCAGCCGGAUCACCCUUUUGUGAUGAUAGGGUGACCCUCCUAGACGAGCCAGCUUUUUGUUUCUCAUUUUAAUGGUUUACCAUGUUUUGUAAGGAAAUGCAUGAUAAGUUGGCUCGCUCGGGGUUGCUUGGGUACAAGCAGGUGACCUUUUUUUCCCGGGCCGAACUUUUCUUCUUACGAACGCGGCCUAAUGAGUAGUACCCCGACUCUUUUGCCAGUAGAAUGUGUGCUUCCAUUGAUAUAGGUUUUUGUCUAUUUCUUGCCACAGCCAUUCAGUAGAUUUUCAAAGGCAUGUACCAGUCUUUUUUUUGCUGUUGUUAUUGAAAAUUCAUACAUGUGCAUUUUUGAAGUCUGUAGCACCUAAUGUCAGCCUUGAAUUUUAGUUAAACAUGUUAAUCUACACGACAAAGGAUGUGGCACAUGCAGGGUUUUGGUCAGCUGGCAUUCAUUUUCCUAUAAUGCCCUGUUUUCUGUUUUACUUGUGCAUAUAAAUGUGAGAACUGCUGCAUCGCUUGAGAGGUGAAUGUUAAACUUUGGCAAAUUUCUCACCUUACUGGCUUCAAGUUUUCUAAAUUAUAGCAACGAUCAAAGACGACGAAGCAACGAGUACGUCAAAAAGCGAUUCGAUAGGUUUAGUAAAAAAAAACACAAUUUUUUUUUCAAGCAACACACUUUUUGUGCAUUUCUUUGCCGUCUCUGCACGACCACGACGUGAAAUGUUCUUGUGCGAUGCUUUGUGGAGGUCUUAGACACACGAGGACGAAUUUUUCUUUCGCUUUCUAAACCUGGGUGCGCCCCCAAGAAUUAAACUUAAGGAACAUUCACCGACAUUUGACAUUUUAAGUGAGUUGGAGUCAACGCCGCAACGUUGCAAAAAAAAAAAGACUCAUUUUGCGAACUCAUUUUAUGAAGUUUUCGACGCUGUUUCCGUCGUCGUCGCGAAAGCUCACUAUUUUCUGAGGGAUGGACGUUCAUCCAAACACCUUUGGGGGUUUGCAAGAUUACUUGUGGAAGCCCACUUAGUUAUACACAUAUCCUACUUCUGUGAGCCUUAAAUAAAGAGAUACAAUACUGAAUAUACAUGUACAAAAACUCCUUAAAAAGGACAGACAGACAGUACAGUCACAUUAUCCGUUGGACUUAUAAGAAAGUAAGGUAAAUUUAUGCAACAAGUAGCAAGUUUGAUAAAUAUAAAUGCCUAAGGCAAGGUACAAACAAGCUCCUCUGUAAUUGUGUUAGUAUAAUUAAAAGUUUGUAAAAGAAUAUAUUAAUCUUCAUUCUUACGGAAGGGUGAAAAUGGGCAUGCAAGAACCCAAAGAGCGGACAGGUCUGACCUAGCUUGACCUUUUCCUCGUUAUGUGGCUUCCCUUCCAAAUGCAUGCCACUCAGGCUGGCCUUUUGAGAGGGUUUGGAAGCAAAUGUUAAGAUUUUAGAUAUGUAUUAAAGAAAUGUCGAUUCGAAUGGAUUGUAUAUAUCUUAAUCUUUUAUACCUGUACAGUUUUAGAUUUUUAGUUGGUUUUAUAUAGAUUUGGUGUCCCUUGUCAGCUGAGGGUUUCCCCUCUGCUAGAUAUUCUAUUGACACGUUAAUAAAGUUUAUUCAUUCAUUCAUUCAUUCAUUCAUUAUGAAGUAUGAUAUUUUGUAAAGGAUUUUUUAUUACAAUGCCGGUGACACUCUAAUUUUUUAUAGUUACAUAAAACCCUAUUUUUGAAUUUAAGUGAUCAUGUCAAUUGUAGCAUUCAUUUCUAUUGGUUUAUUGCUCCUGAAUCUAUGAUACACUUUUUUUUAACCAACGAAUCGAUUCCUGAAAGAGCACUCUCUUGUGUAAUCCGUAUAAGUAUGCCCAGCGCAAGAGCCCUUCCCGUCUGACAAUAUUUUGUAUAGAAUUUAACCUUCCUGGUUUGAAAUAGGGAAAGGUUUAGGAAAUGCACAUGGGUUUUGGAAACCGCAGCCUGAGAAAACAGCGGACAUUUUGCGACGCCACCACUUGCUUCUCCACGGAAUGAAUUUUUGCGCUCGUUUCUUUCUUCCUUCCUUCCUUCCUUCCUUCCUUGCUUCCUUCCUUCCUUCCUUGCUUCCUUCCUUCCUUCCUUGCUUCCUUCCUUCCUUCCUUGCUUCCUUCCUUCCUUCCUUGCUUCCUUCCUUCCUUCCUUCCUUCCUUCCUUCCUUCCUUCCUUCCUUCCUUCCUUCCUUGCUUCCUGCCUUCCUUGCUUCCUUGCUUCCUUCCUUCCUUCCUUGCUUCCUUCCUUCCUUCCUUCCUUGCUGCCUUCCUUCCUUCCUUGCUUCCUUCCUUCCUUCCUUCCUUCCUUGCUUCCUUGCUUCCUUCCUUCCUUCCUUCCUUGCUUCCUUGCUUCCUUCCUUGCUUGCUUCCUUCCUUCCUUCCUUCCUUCCUUCCUUCCUUCCUUCCUUCCUUCCUUGCUUCCUUCCUUCCUUCCUUCCUUCCUUCCUUCCUUCCUUCCUUCCUUCCUCCCUCCCUCCCUCCCUCCCUCCCUCCCUCCCUCCCUCCCUUCCUUCCUUCCUUCCUCCCUCCCUCCCUCCCUCCCCCCCCCCCUCCCUCCCUCCCUCCCUCCCUCCCUCCCUCCCUCCCUCCCUCCUUCCUUCCUUCUUUCCUUCCUUCCUACCCACAAAUAGCAAUGGGUAGUCUAGGUGGGCAGUGUCUAUACUAAACCGUAGCCACGUAGCCGCAUACCCCAGGAGUUUGGGUUUGGGUUGCGGUUAGGGUCAGGGCUAGGGUUGUGGUUAGGGUUAAUGUUGGGGUAAGUGUCAGUGUUAGGGUUAGCUGCGUAGCCCCUUAGCCGCGUAGCCACGUAGCCACGUAGUCACUGUUAUAGCGGUAUAGCUUCGAAAUGGCCAGGUGUAUAUUCUGCAGUAACCUGAGAUCAGGCGUUUUUUUUCUUUGCUUAUUUGCUUCUUUGGUCCGAAAACAGAUUACAGAGAUAAAGGGAGAGGGCAUGAUCGCAGGCUAAUUCUGCAGUUACUCCACGACAACUACGUUCAUACACUUCCGUAGUUCUCUCAAAAACCUUAACCGAUUCCAGAUCAAAAUGGGCAAAAUAUCAAAGUCUGUGCCCGUUUUCAGAACGAAACGGCGCACAAACCCUUCCCUUUGGGGCGGCACAUACUUAUAUAGCUUGUAUAAGGUAGUACUCCCCGGGGCUAGAGGAAGUUCUUUUAUGCCCCCACGAGCACUGCCAGCAGCAUAUUAUGCUACUUCUUCGAGCACAAUCUAUCAGAGCCUGGACGAGGUGCGGCUUGAGUUGAGCGCCAGUUACCCUGCACUAGAACAUACUUUGCACUUCUUGUAACUACUUUUCAUUGGGUCAUUUUUAUUCUCUCUGGCCUUUUUUGUAUCUAAAGAAAAACUAACGAAAUGAAUUUUUUUUUUCAUUUGAUUUCAAACAGUCCAAUCAGCUGCUACGGCUGCGAAGGAGACUAAUCAGCUGCUAACGAAGAGCAGCGAGUCUCAAGAUACGAGGGAGCCUGGAACGAGGAUAUUACUUGGACCUAGUUUUCUCUCGGCGCCAUUUGAAAUAUUCGCCCAGGUACAAAAACAACGGAGUAGAAGAGUAUGUUUCCCUCGCACUUUUCAGUUAAUGAUUUCGGCGUGUUUGCCGUUGUAUUGGUGUUUGGAUUGAUAGUUAUUCUCCUUUUCACGUUUGACUUUGUGAGUAUGCUUAAUAAGUGGCAAGUGCACUUCGCCAUGCAGAUAAACAGCAGUAAACAGUGAUUUUGUGCUUACCUAGCUAAAAUGGGGAGCUGCAUAUUUGGAAGAGAAUUCGUUCUACUCCACGUAUGCAUAAUUUAGUUAAAAUGGAAAAAAAUAUUCUCUGUCCAAGGCCAGCUGUCAAAGUUGACUGUGGGAUGCUCAAUUUUUUUAUGCAUAAAGCGUCAGUCCAGUUCAGUUGUGCUCAUCCCCCCCGGGUAACUGAGGGGCAUUUGCCCUCCUUGUCUGUGCCCAGGGGUCAGGCAUUUCCAAACCCCGAGGCUGCCCCCGUGUUUUUCAUUGCAUGUACAUGGUUUCUGACUCAAAAUCCAAACAUGGAGGAAUUUACAUGAAUAGACAUGCAGAUUAGUUCAUUUGUUAGACAAAAAAUUUUUAGAGGCAAAAUUUUUUAGAGCUGGUAUGUUUCGAUAUGUUUUCUCAAUUUUAUGCUUCUCUUCACUUUAUCUAGCCAGAGUUGUUGUAGUGAGGUCGAGAGCAAUCAACAUGGAAGUUUACAACUUAUUUAUUAUUAUUUUUUUAAUCAACGAUGUGAAUGACUUUAUUUUUACUAUUAUGAGUUAUUUUAAACAUGAAAAAUUAUUGGCCAGUGUUAUUAAAGACAAUUAAAAGACAGAGUGGUAUACAUGUAAGUCUGAUGCAUGUUUAACACAUCAUUGCGGGGGUUCCAUAUGGUGGAUAAUAAAGCUAGAUUUUAAUUUAGUGAUUUUUACAUUUUACAGAGGAAUUCAUCCAAAGGUCCAUGUAUUCCAGGAGUGGAACCUUCAGAUCCUGUGUGAGUAAAGAAUGCCUAGAAUGGAAACUGUUAGGGGUAAAAUCCAUUUCCAGGUUAAAUCAAAAAUAUAAUAAUGUAGUAACACUAUUUCUCUCUCUUUUUUCGUGAUGAGUCACUGAAAUGCUCUUCAAAAUAGGAGCCAAGUGGUUCCUGGAAAAAAGUUAAUUUCAUGCCCUUGCUGGCAUUUUUGUUUUACUGUUUCUGCAGAAGUGGUAAUUUGCCUGACAUGGCAAAGGCUGGUAGUGUUCAUGAAUAUUUGAUUGAACUGCAUGAGAAAUACGGCGAGAUAGUCAGCUUCUGGUGGGGAAAGGAAUAUGCUGUCAGUUUAUCAUCAGUUGAUUACUGGAAAGAAAUACAACCAAUCUUUGACAAGCCUUGUAAGACAAAUUAAAUAAUAUUGAUUGUUUACCUCAAAUGUUAAUUUUUAUUUGUUCAAAAAUAUUUUGCUGUUUCUGAUUAGCUUUAAUCUCUCCACUAAUUCUUUGUAACCAGCUGACAGUGACUAAAUUUGGAAUUGUGGGCAAUAUAUCAACAUCAGUCACUCUUGUGGCACUCUUGCAGUAGCAGAACUGAAGAAAAUGGUUCAAAAUCUUGAGUUCCAAAUUACAGUCAUGGAACCUAUAUUCAGAUGACACCCUUGGGACUGAGGCUAGUGUCCCCAGAAUAGAGGUUGAUCUGGGACUUGUUAAUAAUUAACCAACAAAGACUUCAUAAAAAAACCACAACAAUCAUAAACUUAUCCCUGGGACAUUAUAUGUUGAAUUCACACAAGUGCAUUACAUCCAUUUAAGGCAUGAGAUAGUUGAGUUUGGGAAAGCUUCCACAAUAAUUGUGAUUGGUGUACACUUAAAGAUCAACCCUUUUGGUGUUCAGUCACUUUUUCAGUGUUAAGGUGUCUCCUGAAUGAAGGUUAAACCCAGGUUUUGGGACCCAGAGAAAGUGUCCCUUUCCCCUGAAUAGAGGGGUCCACCCAACAGAGAUAAUAGAUUCAAAGAUUAUGUGGACGUUUUUCAGGGGCCAAAUCUUUUGUCCCCUGGAGGUGUGCCUAGAAUAGAGGUGUCCCAAAGGAGAGGUUCCUCAACCGUACUGACUAAGCAGUCCUGCUAACAAUGAAAGGAACAAAUGCAAAAAUCAUCUGUUCGUAACUUCUAAAACUGUGUCAAGAAACAGUCAAAUGUUUGAAGAAAGUCUACUAGCAUAGUUUAAGGAAAGAGAAUCAAGUUUAUGUUUAAUUAUUUGUCCCAUUCAUAUAGAGUCAUUGCACAUCAAGAUAAAUAUAAUUCACACAAAGUAGAGACAAUCAAAUAUGUUGGAUUUAUUUUCAUAAUCACAGUUUAUCAGUUUAUAAAAAAAUAUUUUAAUAAUAUAUUAUUAUUAUUUGUGACUUCUAAAAAAAAUUUUGAGAAGAAAAAAAUGCAGCAAAAUUGAGAAACAUUUUUACUUUUGCCUGUAAUUUAGUAUAAGUUAUUAUUAUAUAUGUUAUUUUACAGAUGAGCAGUUCAAGUUUUUUGAACCUCUUUUGGGAAGGAAGAGUCUGACUUAUAAAAAUGGACUAGAAGCACGCAAGAAAAGGCAGUUGGUUGAUCGUAGUUUCAGUCAUGAUGCAGUGAUGAACUUUAUGAAAUCUUUACUCAGGUUUUGUUUUGUUUUUUUUUUCCUUGGUUAUUAAUUUUGGCCCAUUAUUUUGAUUAAUUUCUUUAUUUUAUAAAAAGUGUAACCUAAGUCUAAAAGACAAAGGUGGUGAGACAUCAAACAUAACUGUUAUAUCUUCUUAGCCUGAGAUAACAACUUAUGUUUCACAGUGCCUUACUAUUGGCUCAUUUCACCAGAAACUUACCUAGUAGAGGUGGCGUGAAAUGUUAGCUGUUUUUCGCAGCUUAUACUGAUCGUCUUUAAGAGCACUUAUUUAUAAGGGUUUGUUGUUUACAGUGUAUUAGUAACAGUGGUAAACCUGGGAGUUAAUUCAUCAAUCUCUUUUACUACUAUUCCUUGAAUUAUGUUCAUUGCUUGUGAUCAUAAUUAUGAUUGACAGCAGCGAAAAAUGCAAAAUAUAUGUAAGCUUGCUUUCAAAUUUCAGAGUUUGCUAGUUAUAUUGAAAAGUGCGGUGAGCAUUUUAUGGCAAUGAUGCAGUGAGCUUUUUAUGGCAAUGAUGCAGAUUUGUCUUCCUUUUCAUUGGCCGAGAGCUCACCACGUGACCUGCAAAUAACUGCCUACAAAUAAUGGUCUGCUCAUGUUCAGUGUCAUCCAACUGUGUUUGGCUGCAAAUAAUAUUAUGCUCAUGCAUAAAUGAAACCGCACUUUUCUGCUUCUUUGCAUCGCUCUUGCUUGAAAAUGGCAGAUCUCUUUGCUUCUCGAAGAAAUUCAUUAAAAAACACAAACUCAGUGAUCAAACAAUAAAAGAAAAAAUUAUUGAACUCCAGUUAUCACAAAAUAUCUUGAUUUAUCAGUGUGUCUCACAGAUCAAUUGUUUGCCGAAGCUGAAGGCUCACUACUGACAAAUCAUGAUAUUUUGGUCAACCUCGUCCAAAAAUAAAUUGUUAGAUAUUUUCAUCUCAUUUCAAUCUUUAGAUUGCCAAACAAAUGGCUGUGAAAUUUGCCACAUUUGCAGUGAAUCAGGAGCAUGUUCCUCUUGGAGAAUCCAUGAUCGCCAUGGUUAUAAAAGCCAUCUCUGUUGCAGGAAUGGGACGCUUCUUUAUGGAUGAGAAGGAGAUUCAGAAGUUAACAUCAGCAUAUGAAGAUGUAUGUACAUAAAUCGUGAUUCAGUUUAUUUUUGCCAUCUUUCCUUUGGUGUUUAUAAUAGGUCUUUAUCUUGAGGUCUUUAUUAUUUGGCAAAAAUUCAUGUUUAUACUUAAACUAAUAAACCUACAUUUAAUUUGCACAAGUUAAAAACAAAUUUAAAAGCUAUAAAAAGAGUACAAAAAGCUUAAAAUUCCGUUUAAAUAUUAAAAUUAACAUUAAAAAACCACAUUCACAUUAAAUUGCUUCUUGUUUGUAUUUAAAAUAGAGCUAAUUGAUGAAACUAUUUUAAAAUUACUGGUUAAUAACCCUAGGGAACUAGCUGCUUAGAACUCGGACAGGCACCGUGCUUUCUUUUGUUUUUGGGAGGGAAGGAUGCAAAGGGUGGCUGGGCAUGCUGGAUAUGUUCUUACAUAGCGCACGAACUGUUUCUUCUCAGACAUCAUAUUUAUAUGUUAAUCAUUUUUGCUUUUUAUAUUUGAAGUGCUGGCAUGAGAUGGAGGCGCGUCUGGCUGGUCCCAGUCCCUCUCCCGACAGUGACAGAGAAAAAAAAUUUCAACAAGGUACUGUAUAGAGUAUUGUCUUAAAUGAUUGUAUUGAAACUGGAAUUGCUGGAGCACUGAAGAACUGCAUCUUGAAGUUGUACACAAGCUUAUUGCCUACCUCAAACCUUUAUUAACCCUUCUGAAAUUUUCAAUUCAUAAAAUGAAAGCUUGUGAAUUAGCUUAAAUGGAAACUUUAUUGGUAGAAGGUAAAUGAAUGGGUACAAACUGGGCCCAGUUGUUCAAAGGCAGAUUAGCGCUGCUAACCCAGGGUUUAGUUCUAGCCCAGGUCUCUUUUUCUUUUGUUCUAAAAUAUUUUCCAGGAUAAUUUUCUCUAUUAUUUUUAGAGCAUCCAGUCUUCAAAUUGUAGACAAAAAAAUAAAACUAAAUUUGCUUUUUAAGCUUCAUAUCUGAAUUCAAAUUUCACCCAUCUCUGAACAACUGUAAAACAUUGAGGACCCCCCACAUGUGGGACUGCACCUGGGGAGGAGGAGGUAGUCAAACAAUUGAAUGUUAUAGGUUAACUGCUAAGGGUUUGAAAUCCUGACCUGUUUUAGGACAAAGAACCAAAUUCACCUAGUCUUGUUUUAAGUCGUUUAUUGCAAAUGCAACAGCUAUUGCUUCUUAAUACAUGUACUUUAGGUACAAACCAUUUUCAUCAAAAAUGCAAGUGAAAUCAAUCGUGUAUGCCUUACCCUGUUGUUAAUUAGGACAGACUCGCGUGAAAUUAUUUACCCUCAGAAUAGGACAUCAUAGCUUAAGUACAUCGGAUGAAUUGAAUAUGGUAUGGGGGUGCUUUAAACCUUGUGAUUACCUCAUUCAUAUGACUAAAUUUUUACUGCCCGAACAUAAAUACGACAAUAUGUCAUAUCAACAGGGUUUUACUGCCUAAACUUAGUAACUCUAGUGUCUGUUUACUUUUUAACAGGUGAAAAAAGCUCUUGUUACCACAGUUGCAGAUUAAGCAAAUUUCAUUGUGAUUUAUUUUCUAUCAGGAAGAACAUACAUGAAAGAAAUGGUCAAAAAUAUGAUGAACAGGAGAAGACAGGAAGAACAUAAGGAUGAAACAUUGUUUCUUGAUUCCAUUUUGGAUUGUGAUCUAAUGGAUGAGGAGGAGGUAACAGCUGAUGCCCAUCUUUUGUCUGUUUUUGAAGGCUUUUUGCCAAAAAGGCCUUUUUCGCCUCAAAAUCCAAAAUCCGAAGUGAUUAUUCCAAAAAUGACGUUAAGAGAAUGCAACAAAGUCUUGAGUGUCCUGUACUGUAGGAGAAUGUAACAAACUCCUGGGGAUCCUGUGCUACCAAGUGGUGAUCUUUUUUGUUGUUCAUGUCACUUGUUUGCCUUUUCAUCACUUUCUUUAGUUCAAAGAGGUUGCAUGAUGGCUGAUGACCUGAUAUUUAAUAUAUAGUUUGCAUAAUUUUGCACGAGAAAUGUUUAUCAACCAGCAUGUUUAGUGUUAGCACAUGUAGAAUUUAAUCAUUACUUUGAACUGUUGUAGUUUUACAAAUUUCAUUCAUUUCAAUUUUUUGAGCUAUCAUCAAAUUUACUCUGUGGUACUGUGGCAUUUUCGUGCACAUCAAUCGAAAGAUACUCUUACGUGGAACGCACUCUAUAAUCUACGAUUGCCAAUAGUUUUAGCCCUGCAUGGUCAUUCCGACUGUUAAUCAAGUUUUCACUUAAUGAAUUAUACCGCCUCUUUUUCCUCAACAUGUGACAAACAUUUUGAAGGCAUAACAUCCCCACCCGCCUCCAAAUUGUCUUUCUCAUAAGUACCUUUAAACUCCUCAACGGUAGAUGAGUGUAGGGGAGGUGCCUGAGAAGCUGGUGGAGCUCAGAACUGCAGCCGAGAGAAGUGGUUAACCAUGACAGCCCCGUGAGGGGCAUCCACCCAGGCACCGUCACACUGCUAACCAGUGGAAACUAAAUAUACUUACCAAAGGGUGGGCUGGCAAGAGAGCUGAAAUAAACACAAGCGAACGUUUUCACGUAAUACAACACGAGCGAAAUGAGAUGACCUCAACACGAUAGCAUUAAAAUCCCAGAUACCCAAGCGAAAGGCCCAUGGCUGCCGGCCCCCGGUGAAUUCUAGGGAAAGACAGCUGGCGAGCAUUGUCUCGAGUUUAACUUUGCCCAAAUUGCAUUCAGCCACAUAAAUCAAAUGAGUGAGUAGCCUACGUAGCAGGCGCUUGUAUUUAACAUGGGUGCAAGAAAGAACGGGGCGCGCGGGGACACGCGAGGGAAAUUUGUAGCCUCAAUGUCUGAUUACUGGCAAAUUCGUUUUAAAAGUGAGAAGGUAAGAGGACAUAGGGAAAAAGAGAUAGUGAGGAGACAGAGAUUCUUUAAAUACCUUUUUCCCACUUACUUAUUUAGUUAUCUUAAAAUUUGUCAAAAACAAGCACUCUUACCCCCUGACACCUUCAGGUAAUUCCUUUAGAAUUGCUGUUGUAUUUUUUUCAGUUAAAAGUAAGUAGUUAGUCAAUAAUACUCAAAGCAUGUUACUCCUCUUUUAACAGAUAUAGAAUCUCCCAAUAAAGCACUUCAGACUGGCCAUCAUGAAUGGUUUAUUUUUUCUUUUUCUCUUCUGGAGAUGUCUGGCUCCACAAGACUGUAACUAUUGCCCACAAAUGUUACCCAUAAUUUGCUGCAGGCCUCUUAAGGGUUUAACGUUGAUAAAAUCUUUUUUUUUUUUUGUAAUGAUUAUUUUGCAGAUGAAUGACACCGUCAUUACAUUUCUAGUCGGAGGUUUCCACACAACAGGAUUCAGUAAGUGCACUGGACCCUUGGUUAUCUUCAGAACCCAUUUACAGUGUUUACGUUAUUUCAACCCAUAAAAUAGAUAUUUGAUUAAACGCCGCGGCGUUUGUUAAAUUUGUAGCGUUUCCGCUCUGACGUUUAUUCAAGGAUGGCGUUUGCUUCAAACUUACAUUUCUCCAAUCAAUGAGAGCAAUUACGAUAAAUCAUUUGUAGAUUUUUAUAACUGUAAAACAGAAAGAUGCUACAAGUUCCAAUGUCUCGCUUUUUUUUUGCUGAGAUAGAAUCGUAAUUGACUGGUUGGUGUAGAUUACCAAAUUGUACCCAGUUUUUUCUUACAAUUCUCGCAUAAACGCCGCAUUCUUCUGACUGGGUGCGGCAUUUAUUGUUUUUUUUUUCUGAAUUGCGAAGUUUAAUAGGGUAAAAAUUAAUACUGUAUACUGGCAUUUGGAACUGUAAGGAUGAUGGGUUCUAAUCCUAUUAACGUCUGAAGUUAUUUCCAGAUUUUCUUUCCUUUUCUCAGCUAGAAUACAGUCAAACCUGUAUUAAGCAAUUAAACCACUAUUAAACGGUUACCCUCCAGUAAGUGAUCACAUUACCAAAGACCGUCAAGACCCGAAAAUCAUUUCCCUUAAAAACUGUAAAACUGACCUCUAUUAAGCAGCCACCUCAGUGUAUUAAGCAAUGGUAGUCACCUUUUCCGUGGGCCCAACGAAUUACUUUUUGUCGUCUUCAGCUCUAUUUAACGCCUUCACUAUGACAACUAGUACAACGGAUAUAACGUGCACGGUGUUAAGUGGUCUUUUACCUCCUUUCUUUUCACACAAAAAUAGGUAGAGACACUUGAGGUCGAUUGUCGUGGAAUAGAUAUUUCGCCCUUUCAUCUUCUUCAUUUUCUUGAGUAUUAGUAGGUUUGUUAAACCUGUAUUAAGCGGUCGGUAGGCCUGCAUUCCCCAGGGGUGACCAGUAGUUGUUAAUACUAGUUUUGUAUCCACCAAACAUUUUUCUGUCUUGUAGUGAUGACAUGGUGUUUGUAUUACGUGACGAAACAUCCUGAGAUCCAAGAGAAAGUUUACAAGGAACUUGAAGACGUUCUGGGAGAUGAGGACAUCAAACCACAAGUUGCUUCUCAACUGAAGUAAAACUAUUAAAUGGGGGCGCAUUUGGGGUGAAAUGAGUUUUAAAAAGGCAACAAAAAGCUGAUGUUUCAAACGGUAGCACUCCUUGCCAUGUGGGACAUACCCGGGUGGCUAAAAAGAUUCCUGCCACUUUUCAACCAUUCUUGAGUAAAUCCUUAGUUACAACUAAGUUGCUCUGUUUUUUCCCCAUGAUAUAUCCAGUUUCUUCAAGUUCUGAUUGUUAUUUUUUUGUUCUUGUGAUCAGGGGAAGGGGCAAGUUACUUCAUUUUUCUGUUAGUUAGUUUACAUUUUUGAAAUUUGUUCCAGUGGUUGACCCAUGUAACCUAAUCUGGAGUGUGAUGUUUUCUUUAAACAGAUAGAGGUUUUAUUCCGUUUAAACAGGGUCUUGUAACAGCAUUUGUAAAUAAGACUGAAUUGUUGACGCAUGCGUAGACCAAUUCUUUGCCACGUAAAGACCCUAACUGUAGAAAGUGAGAUAACUUGUGCCAGUAAAGAAAAAUGGCACCCUGUAAUAUUUUUCAGGUUUGAUCCUGAUCGUUUCAGUUCAGAGAACAUUAAAGAGCUUCCAAGCCUCGCUUACCAACCGUUUGGGUUUGCUGGUAAACGUAAAUGUCCCGGAUGGAGGUUCUCAAUCGCUGAAGGGCUCGUGUUUCUUGCUGUCCUCAUCAAACGGUUCAAGUUUCAUCUCGUAGAGGGACAACAGGUCAAACCGGUUCAUGGACUGGUCACCUCACCAGCCGAGGAAAUCUGGGUUAUAGUAACAAAGAGAUAAAUAGAAAACUAGUCGGUGCUCCAGACGUGUUUCAUCUAAAGUCUUUUCGGUAGCGAGCGCGGCAAUGUUUGUCUUUAAUGG